AUGUCCAUCUGUCUGUCGUCCUCCGCUCACGCCUGGCCGGCGUGCUGGCCUCUUGUGCAUCUCUCGGCCUUCACGCCGUGCCUGCCCCCCUGCCGCUGUGUGGGUGUCAAGCUGGCUGUGCGGGUGUCAAGCUGGCUGGGGGCCCGAGCGGGCGGUGGCGUGGGCGACGGAGCCGGGAAGGCGGCGGCGGCCAGGCCAGGCGGCGGCAGUGCCGGGCCGGGCCCUGAGAAGCCGCCGCCGCCACCGCCGCGGCUGGAUCCGGCAUCUGAUCCGGAACCGGAGCGGGAGCCGGAGCAGGAACCGGAGCUGGAGUCGAAACUGGAGCCGGCACUGCGGCGCACGGAGCGGAGCGAGGCAGCCAAGCCGACAGCUCGAUACAACCGCACGAACUACUUCUACUCCACAUUCUCAGAGAACUUGGAGCACAGCCAUCUGCUCGUGUCCCCUGUGCUGGUGGCAAGUGCAGUCAUAGGGGUGGUCAUCAUCCUCUCCUGCAUCACCAUCAUCGUUGGCAGCAUCCGCAAGGACAGGCAGGCCCGGGUCCAGCAGCACCGCCACCACCGCCGACACCACCACCGUCACCACCACCGGCGCUAUCGACCCCCAGAGUUGGAGCACAGCUACGUGUCCGAGGGGCACACAUACAGCCACUCGAGCCACAGGAUGCGCUAUGCCUGCAGCCUCGACGAGGACUGGCCCCCACCCUUGGACCUCAGCUCUGAUGGGGACAUGGAUGCCACGGUUCUCCAAGAGCUGUACCCAGAUUCUCCACCAGGCUACGAGGAGUGUGUGGGGCCAGGGGCCACUCAGCUGUACAUCCCUACGGAUGCACCACCGCCCUACUCGCUGACCGACUCCUGCCCAGCGCUGGACGGCCCCCUCGACAGAGGCAGUGGCCAUAGCCCUGGCCAACACCAGCAGGUGCAGAGGACCUGGCACCAGAGUGGCCUCUGCACCAUCUCCACGGACACCCUGCCCCCUUACGAGGCUGUGUGUGGGGCCAGCCCGCCGUCGGGCCUGCUGCCACUGCUAGGACCAGGACCAGGACCCAAGAGCUCAGCCGCCCCAACCCGGGCCCCAGCCUCCGGCCCACAGAGGACUGUGUGA